AUCGUGUUGAAAAGGAAGCAACGGAGAGGAUGGUUUCAAGGAUUAUAAAAAUUAUCCUAGUUGCAAUCGGGGCUGUAGCUUGUAUAUCUGGAGGUGUUUUGUAUGCCAUGUUUCCAAAGAUAAUCAAGGCUAAGAUUGAAGAGCAACUAAUCUUGGCAAAUGGGACUACAACCUAUGAAAACUGGAAGAAUAUACCUAUACCGAUGUAUGUGAGGUUUUACAUUUUCAACGUCACGAAUCCAUCUGACUUCAUGAAUAACAAUGCUAAGCCUAUAGUAGAAGAAGUAGGACCCUACACAUUUAAAAUAAAUAGAAAAAAGGAAGUUAUUGGUAGAAAUGAAGAACGAGACACAGUGCAAUAUAACGAAGUAAACACUUAUAUUUUUCAACCAGAAAUUUCUGCUGGAACUCAGGACGAAAUGGUUUAUGUUGUAAAUGCUCCAUUACAAGGAAUAGCCAAAAUAGCAACUAAGAACAUCCCACCACUUAUACGUCCAUUUUUCAUGCCACUUCUCAGUUCACUGCUCAUACACUACAAAGAAUAUGUGAUUGUGAAAAGAAAAAUUCGUCAGCUACUUUUUGACGGAUACGAAGUUCGUCUCCUGAAAGAUCUCAACAAAUCAGCGUCACGGUUUGUCAAAAUUCCUCCGUUGCUACCAAACAACACUUUUGGUCUUUUCUAUGGAAAAAAUGCCACAAGUGGAGGAACUUUUACCGUGUUUACUGGGAAAAGUAAUUCAAGUCGAUUUACACUCAUUGACACAUGGAAUAAUAAAAGAUUUCUACCAUAUUGGAGCUCCAAGUACUGCAACAUGAUCAAUGGAACAGAUGGCGGUCAGUUUCCACCUCACACUACAAAGGAAGAAAUUCUCUACGUGUUUAGUACUGACCUAUGUAGGUCCUUGAACUUUGAGUAUGAAAAAGAAGUUAACAUUAAAGGUAUAAAAACCAACCGCUUUACAAUUCCUGCCCAGUUCUAUGCUGCCCCAGUCGCAAAUCCAGACAACCAAUGCUUCUGCUCGAAUAACCAAAGCUGCUUGAACGGUGGAGUUAUUGAAUUAACAACGUGUAAGAGAGGUGCACCGGUAGUUGCUUCUGCUCCUCACUUUUACCAAGCCUCGAAACAAUACCUACAAAAUGUGAUUGGACUAAAACCUGAUAAAACACUACAUCAAACCUUCCUGGAUGUUGAACCAAUGACUGGUUUAGUUCUAAACGCUCGUAAAAGAAUUCAACUAAAUAUAGAUGUGAAAAGAACUCCUGAGCUAGAGAGUCUUCAGAGUAUCAAUGAUGUUCUUAUUCCUCUAGCUUGGCUAAGUGAAGUAAGUCAAUUUUCUCUGCCUGCUUCUAUAAUAAUAAUUUUUAAACAAUCAUAA